CCAAAACACACGAUUCCGCGAAAUGUACGCUGCUCAAGGGCCCUCAUCCCGAUACGGAGUGCCCUCUUUUUAGCCAUCCAUCCACCGCGAUGAUAAAACGAUGGCUUGCUCAAGGGGCCAAGCCGGCCGGCGUUUCGUCGAUUUCUGUCUUCAUGGGUGCCUGAGUGGCUGCACAUUUUCCCUCCCUCACUCGCAUCAUCGCCCGCGCUGGACCACACCCCCAUCCAUCACGUCCGGUCCUCCAUCGUCUCCUUCCGCAUUACUAGCAGAUGAGCUCCCUAGUUUGACUGAAACUGAGAAUGCCCGACCAUUGCCCGCGAGAAUAUUCUACAGCAAGCCUCGCCGGAUCCGAGGCGGUGAUGCAAGGCUACGCUACGCUGCCUAGGGAAGAACUUGAGAACACGGCGACAUCCAUCAUCGCAACCUUGCCACAAGAACAGCGCAGUCUCGAGACCGAAAUUUCUCACCAGCACCGAUAUGCUGCCGGAUCUGUCUCGUUGGCUCUUGACGUUUAGGCUCGCAACUGGCGCCCAAUGUCGACGCGUGGUGUUGAUGCCUCCCUCUUAUGGCCAAGCCAAGGAAUGCUUGCGCUGGGGCUGUCUCGGCUCUAGACUCAUCCCGAUGCGACCACACGGCGAGGACGGGCACGCUGUUUUUCCAAUUGCUACUACGUAGUUGGUACUGGCCAAGUCCCAGAGGCUGGCAAUUCCAUCGCUUCUAUGUAGAGGGCCGACUCCUAUUGAUCCCCCAAGACACCCGCGGCAAACAUCUUCAUCGCGAUGCGUUCCAAUGCGCGUUCGCCCGCCACAUCCAUGGCGGCAAUCCGUGCAAUUCCUGCCCCGGCCGUGUUUCCAACCUCUCAUUUGACGCGUGAGCCCGGCCGGCGCCCGAGACAGCAAUGUGGUCGGAGAUGGAUGAGCAGAAUGAAUGUGAAGGAAGAGGGUAUAAGAUGCCUGUGCGAGGCCCCAUCGCUGCCGCGCACAAUCGCCCUGCCUUCCCCUUGCCGUUUUGCUGCAGCAAUCUAUCUUGAUUCGUCUAUUCCUCUCACAGGAGCGUCAGAUCCCCCCAGUGGCCAUGAAGUCGGGCUUCGUCGCCCUUCUCGCGACCUGCCUCGCAGGGAGCGGCUUGUCUGCACCGACACCCAAGUCCCCGUCCCAGCUCAACCAGCGCGACAUCGCCGCGCCGCCAGAAUGGGCAAAACAAGAGGACGGCUCGCCCAUCGCGGCUAGAGCUGCCCGUGAAGGCAUCGACAUCCUGACCGACACGUUUUUCAAAUUGUUACACGGUCAUCCCGAAAACAGCCAUAGCAAGAGGCAAUACUACCUCGAUGCAUCGUUCCCCGAGGACUCGAAUGAGCUCGAGGAUGAAGGAGCUACAGACGAAGAAAAUAAAGGAGACGAACCACCGGCAGGCAGUCUGACAGAUACAGUCGACAAGCUGACGGGGGGUUCGGGCAAUGGGCCGGCGCAGCGCCUGACUGACAUUGUCGAUGGCAUGACCGAGGCUCAGUCUGAGGAGUCUGCCGACGGCCGUCCCGACUCAAUCGAUGCCCUCACCGCAGCUAUUCCCAGCGAUCACAUGCGCAAGACCGUGGAAAACGUCUUAUCCACGCUGUCAAGACGUGACCGAGCCACUGAUGCCGGAAAACCUGACCAGAUGCUGCAACGCCGUAUCGUUGAGAUACCCUUGGGCGUUAUACAGAGGCUUGCCAAGGGCCUUGGCAUUCCGGGCGGUCUAGGGGCCGGCAAGCGAGACGUUUCCAACAUGGAAGCACCCGUCAACAAGAGUCAGCUCAGCGGCGCUGGCCAGUCAGGAAACGACGCUAAGGGCGUGCCCAUCGUCCCUCUCGCUGGAUCAUCGGACGACGACGCCGACGACAUGUCCGGCGGUCCUCUCGCUGGAUCAUCGAACGACAACGACAGGUCCAGGCGUCCUGCCGGCGCCCGCGGCAGACCUAAAGACGUGGCUUUCCCUGGCGGCUGGCCCAAGAAUCCCAUAGACAUUGCCACGGAUGAUCUCAAAGGAUUCCCAAGCAACAAGCCCAAGCCCAAGCCCAAGAAGCAGGACAACCCGCUCGGUGACGGCUUGCUACACGGAUCCGUCCUGCCGGGCGUUUUGGUGAAGCGGGAAGCGAGUGAGCCCGAGACCAACACAAAGCUCGGCCUCCACGACCUCCUUACCAUGAUCAACAAGAGGGGAAAACCACCACCGGGCGGCCUUCAGGGUGUCAAAGACGGUAGGCCUGAUAUCGGUCUAACCGCCGACCUCACGGGCGCCAUCAAAGGCGCCAAAGGUAAGGACGCCGAGAACUUUCCCGGGCUCAUGGAACCCGUCAAAUCCCUGCUUGGACUCGGCAUGGAGGUCCCCAAGCUAGACAAUAGUUACCUCAAGAGAAUGAAUGGCCUGAACGAUGCUGAACAGAGGAACGCGGUAGACAAGAACCCCUCGGACCUCAUGGCUCGCCGCGCCAGCUCCGGUGCCGCCCCCGGCGGCGUCUCAGGACUGGAUGCGACGGCUACCAAUCCGAAGGAGCUCCCCGGCAUCCCGCCCGGUCUCUUUGGACCAAGCAAGCACUCUGAAAACGCUGCCGCCGAGGAGGACGACGACAACUUAGACGACGACUCACAGAUUCCUGCUGGGAACCGCGAAUCCAGCCUCGGCGGUGCUCCUCCUCGCAACUCUGGCAGCGGCGUCGACAAGAUGAAGGCCAACCUGGCUACUCCUUGGAGAGCGUUGAAGGAGCCCAGCUGAAGCUGGCGACGGCGGCGCCAACAACAAGCAAAGGCAAAGGGGGGGCAGCCUGCGGUAAUAGCGGCGGAGGGGGGGGGGGGGGCUGUGGCGGGCACUGUGGAGGACGUGACGUGACGGAUGGGACCGUCUUCAUGAUACCCAUCUGUAUGCAAACUGGAAUCUCGGGCGUGGGUUACUAUCGGUUGAAUCGUUGUAUUAGCUACUUAGUAGCUUUCUUUGGAUCUUGACGUAAAUUUUUCCAUUCACAUUUUGCGUAUCGGGGGGCUUGCCCGGCAUGCUCCUGGCGGUAUGAGACGGGACCACGGAGUCGGCGACUUGGUCGUGUGAGAAGCGAGCAGCAGUGCGAGACGCGACGCGCGUGGCAUGCCUUGAGGUUCUAAUAAGCGCGUUGGCGCCGCGAGGAAUGGAGGUUGGGCGCUGAGUCGCGAUGACACGUCUGAGACAUGGAGAGACGACGGGUGCUCAGCGGCUUCAACGUGGCUGGAAGGCGACAGGC